AUGGGUGAGGAAAAGAAGGAAGGCCUUGUUGGGAACAAUCAAGUCAUUGGUGUGGUAAAGGUUGAUCACUCAAUUAGAGAAGCUAAUCCUAGUGAUUUAGCAAGGUUAAUUAAAAAUGAGACUAUUGAUGAGCGAUUAAAGAUCGAUGAAGCCACCGAGAAAGAUCAUGGAGUAUCAGACAUUGUUGUUUACGGAGCAAAUUUGACUUUUGUAAACAUGGAAGGUACUGAUCUCUAUGGAUUAAAUUGGAAGCGACACAAACCAACAAAUGUAAGUUAUUUAAUCGAUGGAGUAGGCGAUGCAGGGACCGUCGUGGUGCUUCCGGCCGGGCCAAAUGAUUCUAGCAAGGAUGGUGAUGAAGGAAGGAUUAUGACCAUGACUUUGCCUGAGGAUGAGAUAAUAAAGUUGCAAUUUGAGCUAAUCAAGGAAUGGUCUAUUGCUUGA